GCCCGGCUCCUGCGCCCGGGACCGGCGAGCCUGCCCGCCUGCUAGGCGCCCCGAGCCCGCCCCGCCCGGGACUUCGCUGCUUCCUUUGUUCCAGUUUUGGCCCCUCCGGGGCAGCUCCGUGGCCGAGCCGCGGCCCGGGCCCCCCUGAGAGCAGGCGGCGCUUGGGGCCGGUGGGGGUGAGCUGGUGGCCGGCGAGCUGCGAUGUACCCCCAAGGCAGGCACCCGGCGCCCCACCAGCCUGGCCAGCCGGGCUUCAAAUUCACGGUGGCUGAAUCCUGCGAUAGGAUUAAGGAUGAAUUCCAGUUUUUGCAAGCCCAGUAUCACAGUCUUAAAGUGGAGUAUGAUAAGCUUGCCAACGAAAAGACAGAAAUGCAGCGCCAUUAUGUUAUGUACUACGAAAUGUCAUAUGGUUUGAAUAUUGAAAUGCACAAACAGACCGAGAUUGCUAAAAGAUUGAACACAAUUCUAGCUCAAAUCAUGCCUUUUCUGUCACAAGAGCACCAACAGCAGGUUGCCCAGGCUGUUGAGCGUGCCAAGCAAGUGACAAUGACAGAGCUGAAUGCUAUCAUCGGGGUACGUGGACUUCCAAAUCUGCCUCUCACCCAGCAGCAGCUCCAGGCCCAACACCUCUCCCAUGCUGCUCAUGGCCCCCCGGUCCAGCUGCCUCCUCACCCUUCAGGCCUUCAGCCUCCAGGAAUCCCUCCUGUCACGGGGAGUAGCUCAGGACUGCUGGCUCUCGGGGCCCUUGGGAGCCAAGCCCACUUGACCGUUAAAGAUGAGAAAAACCAUCACGACCUGGAUCACCGAGAGCGAGACUCAAAUGCAAAUAAUUCUGUCUCACCAUCAGACAGCCUGAGAGCUAGUGAGAAACACAGGAGUUCUACAGACUACAGCAUCGACGCCAAAAAGCGGAAAGCAGAGGAGAAGGACAGCAUGAGCCGCUAUGACAGCGACGGUGACAAGAGCGAUGACCUGGUGGUCGACGUCUCCAAUGAGGAUCCAGCUACACCCCGUGUCAGCCCAGCCCACUCGCCGCCUGAGAACGGGAUAGACAAAACCCGAGGGCUGAAGAAAGAUGCUCCAAACAGCCCUGCUUCCGUCGCCUCGUCCAGCAGUACGCCGUCCUCGAAGACUAAAGACCUGGGCCAUAAUGACAAAUCAUCCACGCCUGGGCUCAAGUCAAACACUCCUACGCCGAGGAAUGAAGCCCCGACUCCUGGGACGAGUACCACUCCAGGCCUUCGGUCUGUGCCGGGCAAACCAGCGGGCAUGGACCCAUUGGCAUCUGCCCUGAGGACCCCCAUCUCCAUCACUGGCCCCUAUGCGGCUCCCUUCGCCAUGAUGGGACACCAUGAAAUGAACGGCUCUCUGACGAGUCCGGGGGCCUAUGCGGGGCUCCACAACAUCCCGCCCCAGAUGAGCGCCGCCGCUGCCGCCGCCUAUGGCCGAUCGCCAAUGGUGAGCUUUGGAGCUGUCGGCUUUGACCCGCAUCCGCCCAUGAGGGGCCCUGGUCUCCCCACAAGCCUUGCAUCCAUACCUGGCGGGAAGCCAGCCUACUCGUUUCACGUAAGUGCUGAUGGGCAGAUGCAGCCGGUCCCAUUCCCCCAUGAUGCCCUUGCUGGCCCCGGCAUCCCAAGGCACGCUCGGCAGAUCAACACGCUGAGUCACGGGGAGGUGGUAUGUGCUGUGACCAUUAGCAAUCCAACCAGACACGUGUACACCGGAGGAAAGGGAUGUGUGAAGAUCUGGGAUAUCAGCCAGCCAGGCAGUAAGAGUCCCAUUUCGCAGCUGGAUUGCUUGAACAGAGACAACUACAUCCGUUCCUGCAAACUCCUCCCCGACGGCCGCACCCUGAUUGUGGGAGGGGAAGCGAGUACGCUUACGAUCUGGGACCUGGCUUCCCCGACGCCAAGGAUCAAGGCUGAAUUGACCUCCUCUGCCCCAGCAUGCUACGCUCUGGCAAUCAGCCCUGAUGCAAAAGUCUGCUUCUCCUGUUGCAGCGACGGCAAUAUUGCUGUGUGGGAUCUCCACAACCAAACGCUGGUUAGGCAAUUCCAAGGCCACACAGAUGGCGCAAGCUGCAUAGAUAUCUCGCAUGAUGGUACAAAGUUAUGGACAGGUGGCCUGGACAACACAGUGCGUUCCUGGGACCUUAGGGAAGGAAGACAGCUCCAGCAGCAUGACUUCACUUCCCAGAUCUUCUCGCUGGGUUACUGCCCCACCGGUGAGUGGCUUGCCGUGGGCAUGGAGAGCAGCAACGUUGAGGUGUUGCACCACACCAAACCGGAUAAAUACCAGCUUCACCUGCAUGAGAGCUGCGUCCUUUCACUGAAAUUUGCCUACUGUGGUAAAUGGUUUGUGAGUACAGGAAAAGAUAAUCUUCUCAACGCCUGGAGAACGCCAUAUGGAGCAAGCAUAUUCCAGUCGAAAGAAUCCUCCUCUGUCUUAAGUUGUGACAUUUCAGCAGAUGACAAAUACAUUGUUACAGGCUCUGGUGACAAGAAGGCCACAGUCUAUGAGGUCAUCUAUUAAACAAGGAUUUUAACAGGGCUGUCAACUCCGAAUAUUAGGCUCGAGUCUGACAAGACAAUGGCAAAAUUCUGAAGGAUGUAGGAAAACGAAAGGAGAGCAGCCAUGCAUUGAGAGGCUGUGUAAUAUGGAUCUUCAUGGACUCAGAGUAAUGUACAUGGACUGAUGCGUUUCAGCAACUUUUAUUUUAAGCUGUGGCAUAUCUGGAUUUAUUUGGAGGUCUGCGAAUACAACACAUUUUGAAGCCCUAAACAGGUUUUGUUUUGGUUUUAGGGGUUGGUUUGUUGUUCUUUUGUCUGCGCUUUGGUGGCACUAUAAAGGACUUAUUUUUUAUUGUGAUUUUUUUUUGCGCUCUAUAUAAGACUUGUGAAAAAUGUAAAUAACGGACUAGUAAAUAGAAUUGAAAGGGUGAGGUUAAUCCUCCUGGUACACUAGUUGUGUAUUUUUUAUUUGUUAUUUUUUUUGUCUGCUGUAAUUGUAUUCCACUGAUCGGUUUGGUGGUGGCAAUUCCCUCCCCCAGUAUCUAUUUGAGAUACUACUUCGACCUGCAGCUUGUAACCAGAUUGAGCAGAGAUGUCCACUGGUGGAAGUUGUUCCUACUGUCGUACAUGUGAAUUGUUCGGUGUGUUAGUCAAAUGUUUGAACACUGUAUGGACUGAAGUUAAAUUGGUCAGAUCUUCAGCUACUGAUGUGACAUCGGCAAAACAAUCAAAUUUUUUCUAUGGAUUUUUGUGCUCAUAUGUUUGAAGAAAACAGGAAGUCCAUGUUCUAAGAAACUUCUGCUCAAGCCCUUCUUGAUCUUCGGACAUAAAUGAUGAGGAAUAAUUUCAAAGAAAGCAUAGUAAAAUUCAGCUCAGGGAGCCACGAAAGAUAAUAGCAACUUAUGUGUUUUGUAUUCAAAUGAAAGUAAAGAAUUAGAAUUGAUAACCUUUUAAAAUACAAUUCUUUUUUUAAAAAAAGUUUACUAACAAGUAGGUUUUGUGUGAGGUGGGUCAAGGGGCUGUCUCUGGUAGGGGUCUGUGGCUUUAUGGUCUUGUCACUUUUUUGGUAUAUUGGUUCCAACAGAGCAAAACCCAUCCCCACACAGGCCAGUGUGUCAACAUUUUGUACUAAAAGGUUAAAUAAAUAAACGGGAAAUAAAAGUAUUUGUGUAGCAGAAGUGCUCACCCUGUAUUGUAGCAUAUGGAAGAGAAUUUUUAUACUACAUUUUUAUGGAUUAUUUUUUAAUUUUUGAUUUUAAUCUGGUCAAAAAUAAUUAGGGUUAUGGUGAAAACUACCUGUUUGAAAGUGAUAGUACAAAAGAAGAAACGAACAAUAAAGUUGGAGAUGUUCUUUAACUUUCUGUUCUUGGACGUCCAUUCGGCAUCACGUCUGAAUUGUAAGUCGUCAGCAGUACCCUCCAGCAGUAGCUAUUGGUUUGGGGUGGGGGAGAACAUAGAUUUGGGGGUGAAAGUAAAGUUCAUGGGAAUUUUUUUCCAAAGUCUCACAUUUUAAGAUUGGACUUCUUUUCCCACCAGAACAAAAACAAGGGAAAUUUCAAAGGCAAAAAGUAUGCACCCCAUGAGACUUUAGUGAUGAUGCACCUCUGAUUCCAAGAAACUUGCCUGUCAUGCAAAAAGUGUGAAUUUUGAUUUGUUAUGCACUGUCACAAAAAGCUCUUAAGUAAAAAAGCAUCUUUUAAAAAAGAGUGGUGAUCUGAAAUGCAGUUAUGUUCAGAAAAAUGACCAUGUAAAGAUGGCACCAUGUUCAGUGGAUCUGCUUUCUAUGCAUACGAGAGUCAGAUCUGCUUAUUUUUAGUGGCUACACAUUUUUACUCUUUUCUGUUCACUGUAUUGUUCCGCAGUGCGAUAGCAGAAGGAGACGGAUUUUUUUAUGGCCUGCUCAUCAUCUGCGGAAUGAUUUUAGUACGUUCCAGUUGCAGGAUCGUUAUUACUGGUGAUAAUGUGAGAGUGCUAAUAAACCCAGCUUGACUCUCAGCCCCCAUAUGAAUUAAUCUAUUGAGAAUCAAUGAACACAGAGCCCGGGAAUGCCAUAUUUAGAGCCACUUUUCAGUGUACAAGCCACACUUUACAACCAGCUUGGAAAGGGUUAGCGGGUUUUGGAAUUUUCACUCAAAGUUCCACUUUAAUAACACCACAAGCUAAUGUCCCAAAAUGGUUGUUUGCAAGUUGGUGCUUUUUAAAUAAUAAUAAUAAAAAAAAAAAUCAACUGGGUUUAACUAAGUAGGUGGAGGGUUGCUAAGUCACUCUGUCUCAACUUCACACCAAAGUAUGUAGCAGAAUAUGUACAGCUGUUAAUAACUACAACUGUUUUUGUAAAAAAAAGAAAAGUAAAGAGAAUAAAAAUUAAAUGUAAUGAAGCUCAACUGAAAACCAAGUGUCUAUAAACCAUUUACUCUCUGAAAACCUGCACUGAAUUGUUAAUAAAAACAAACCAACAGAA